AUGCACUCCAAGCUCGCCAUUCUCGCCCUCCCGGCACUCGCCGCGGCCUACCCUCAAUCUUCCGCUGUGGCACCAGCGCCAGAGCAGAUUACUAUCCGUGAUACCACUUACUCUGGUAGCGGAUGUCCUCAGGGCUCUGUCUCGACCUCCACGUCUGAUGACAAGACCGUAAAGCUGACGCGCCGAAGCUACGGCUUUGACCAAUUCCAGACGUACAUUGGCCCAGGAAGCAAGGCAUCCGACAAAUCCAAGAACUGCCAGCUUCAUCUGAACCUCGCGUACCCCGGCGGCUUCCAAUACGCCGUUGUAGACGCGACAUACCACGGCUGGGCCCGCCUCGACGAAGGCGUAACAGGCAGCUUCAUCACCACGUACUACUUCUCUCAGGAUGCCGGCAAGACCCAAACAACCCGCUCCUCUUUCAACGGAGGCGGCGCCCUGCUCAACGGCCAAGUCUACACCAAGCAGGACAGCGUCGAGACUACCGCCACCAUCUGGUCCCCGUGUGGAUCCAACGGCAUCCUCAACAUCAACAACCGCAUCGCGCUGACCAGCAAGAACACCACCGCCAGCGGAGAGCUCAGCAACGAUGAUGCGACCGUUGCAUUCACUCAGCAGUUGCAUGUCGCGUGGAAGAAGUGCACGCCGACCAGUGGAGGAGGAAGUGGAAGUGGCAAUGGCGAUGCAGUGAUUAUCGGGACGCCGAACAGUGAUGUUAUCAUCGGUUAG